CCCCUUCGCCCUCUGACCCCACCAUCUCUAGAAUCUAGGAAGAUGGCGAAGGUGUCAGAGCUUUAUGAUGUCACUUGGGAAGCUUUGAGAUACCAGAGACUUGCCUUAGUAAAUGCGAGAUAAAAUGAGAAAAUGGAGAGAAGAAAACUCACGAAAUAGUGAGCAAAUCGUGGAAGUUGGAGAGGAAUUAAUUAAUGAAUAUGCAUCUAAACUUGGAGAUGACAUAUGGAUUAUAUAUGAGCAAGUGAUGAUUGCAGCUCUAGACUAUGGUCGGGAUGACUUGGCAUUGUUUUGUCUUCAAGAAUUGAGAAGACAGUUUCCUGGCAGCCACAGAGUUAAGCGACUAACUGGCAUGCGAUUUGAAGCCAUGGAAAGGUAUGAUGAUGCUGUACAGCUAUAUGAUCGAAUUUUACAAGAAGAUCCAACUAACACUGCUGCAAGAAAGCGUAAGAUUGCCAUUCGAAAAGCCCAGGGGAAAAAUGUGGAGGCUAUCCGGGAACUGAAUGAGUAUCUGGAGCAAUUUGUUGGAGACCAGGAAGCUUGGCAUGAACUUGCAGAACUUUACAUCAAUGAGCAUGACUAUGCUAAAGCCGCCUUUUGUUUAGAGGAACUUAUGAUGACUAAUCCACACAACCAUUUAUACUGUCAGCAGUAUGCUGAAGUUAAAUAUACCCAAGGUGGACUUGAAAACCUCGAACUUUCAAGAAAGUAUUUUGCACAGGCAUUGAAACUGAACAACAGAAAUAUGAGAGCUUUGUUUGGGCUCUACAUGUCAGCAAGUCAUAUCGCUUCUAAUCCCAAAGCAAGUGCAAAAAUGAAAAAGGACAACAUGAAAUAUGCUAGCUGGGCAGCUAGUCAAAUAAACAGAGCUUAUCAGUUUGCAGGUCGAAGUAAGAAGGAAACCAAAUACUCUCUGAAGGCAGUCGAAGACAUGUUGGAAACACUGCAGAUCACCCAGUCUUAAGAUUUCAGAAACACUUUGCACAUUGUAUUACAGAACUGCACAUUUGAACCUACUGGCCUGUAACUUAUUUACUAAAUGCCCAGUACUAUUUAUAUAAUACUUUUCUGUUAAGAAAGCAGUACUAAAGAAUAUUUCUCUGUAAACCUUUUUCUAUACUACUGAGAAGAAAGGGGAGGCCGACCUGUGGAAAGAAGACUUCAGAAGACUUUUUCUGAAUGUACACCAUUCUCUUCAUAUCAUACAUAAGUAACUGCUUUAAAAUCAUAAUCUGAUGUAGAAAUCACACUGUUAAAUAAUCCAUGACGAUUUAUUAAACUUGCAUAUGAUGAUA